CAUCAUUCAACAGGCGGAUCAGACUGCAUCACGUGGGGCAACCUACAAGAAACAUGGGGAUGCUUGGUGGCGCCAAACAGCUUGUGGCACUUCGGAGGUACUAGGUAUCUCUGUGGAUAAAUUUGCACAAGAUCAAUGUCUGUGAUACCGAUCCGCACCGUACCGGUACCGGUGCUACAGAGGUCGGUACUGAGUCGUCCUCGCUGUACUUGCAUGACGUGGGCGUCCUUGGCCUUGCUCUGACCAUGGGGCUCUGACUGUUGCUGAUUUCGCUUGACGGGACACUGGUGGAUGGAAAAGGACGACUUGGAAUUGUUACUGACAGGAGGGUGAUAAACGGCGGUAGCACAGCCAAGCGAGCAGACGUCUUAUCUCCCUGCUGGUACUAGUGGUCUCUUGACUGUAGGCCAUGGAAGGAACUAAUUCUACACGUACAUCUGGACAAAAGUCAGAAAUGAACAUACAUGUACUCUUCCAAGACACUGGCCAAUCCUCGGAGAUCCUGACCACUUUAAACAAAAUGCGUAAACAGGGUCAGCUGACGGAUGUAACUGUCCACGUUGGCUGUCGGACCAUUCCUUGCCAUCGAGCGAUCCUGGCUUGUUGCAGUGAAUACUUCCUUGCUAUGUUCUCGAAUGACUUGCGUGAGAGCGAUGAAGGGCAUGUGUACUUAGACAAGAUGGAUGCCGACAUCUUGGAGCUGUUAGUAGAGUACGCCUACACGUCCACCAUCAUCAUUGACACAGCAAAUGCCCAGGCACUGCUGGAGGCCGCACAUCGCCUCCAGUUUGCUAAAGUUGUCGAGGCAUGCUGCGAUUUCAUGGAGAGUAAUCUUGAUCCUUCCAACUGCCUGGGACUGCUGAGCUUUGCCGACACACAUUCCUUGUCAAGGCUUUACCAGGCUGCACUAGCAUACAGUCUAGAAAGAUUUGAGGAGGUCUGCAAGCAGGAAGAGUUCCUGCAGAUGACAACCAGUCAACUUGCUGAGUAUCUCUCCCACGAUGCACUAAAUGUGUCAAAAGAAGAGACGGUGUAUCGCAGCUUUGCACAGUGGAGGGAAUCAAAUAAGAAUCUUAAGUCCUCAGAUCUGCACAGGCUUCUCCGUUGUGUGCGUCUGCACUAUCUUCCCCCAAAACUCCUGCAUUCCGUCGCAGGCGAUCCUGAUGUCGCCCAAAGCUCGAAAACCAUGGAGUUGGUCAGUCAGGCCAUUGAAAUCCAGAAAAAACUUCAAGUUCAAACCGAGAGACAAGCACAGAGCGUCAGCUGUUCCAGGCCCAGGCCGUCGACCAGGACUGAGGUCAUGGUUGUCGUGGGAGGUUAUCGGGAUGACCACAGCUGCAUCACUGAUGUCAGAUUUUUCAAUCCGAUCCUUAAGAAGUGGGAAAGCCUUACGAGUAUCCCAGAACCACUGAGUGGAUAUUCAGUCACCCGUCUGGGCAAUUGUAUUUACGUCAUAGGAGGCAAGCUGAAAUCCAGCUUCUCCCAGUUGGUGUACCGGUAUGACAUCGAGAAAGACGGAUGGGGUGCGAUGUCAGGCUUGACCUGUGCCCGCCAGCACCAUGGUUGUGCUGUCAUAGAGGACCUGAUCUUCGUUGCUGGCGGCGAACAGAAAUCAGGCUUUGUUGCGGAAGUUGAGAGCUUCAGUGCCAGCAGCAACCAGUGGCAGACCGUCACCGAACUUCCAGAGCCGGUCAGUGGUCCCGCCAUCGCAUCCCAUCGUCAGAAGCUGUUCGUCGUUGGAGGCCAGACAGGCCAGGCCACAACCUACGGUCACAUCCAGUGCCUGGACACGGUCACCACCCAGUGGACUGUCAUUACAACAGUCCCCAUCACUAGCCGUCACUUCCCCACCUUGAUGCUCAAUGGUUACAUGUACAUCCUCGGUGGUUGUGGUCGGAAUGGGAUACAGGUCUAUGAUCCAGACACAGACAUCUGCCUGCCCCCCAUGACCAUGUGUAAUACGGAGAGGCAUCUCUUUGCUGCCGUGGCCCUCCAGAGGCAAGGCGUGAUUGUGGUAGCCGGCGGGAUGCGGAACUAUCAGGCGCUGACCUCAGUUGAAGCAUUCAGUCCAAUUGCUAACUAUUGGUCAAAUGUCGUCGACAUGCCUCAUGCUCUUAGAGUUCAUGGAUGUGGAGUGACCAUCCAUAGGUAUUUAGGCCCUCCGUUGUACUGAUUCAGAUGUCAGAGAACAUUGGCCAAAGAAAGUGUCAACAGCACUGUCUGUUACAAGAACAGAAGCAAGGUCCAGUACAGUCAUCUGUUCUCUUUCAGUAUGCAAAUUUGACAAGUAUUGAUUUAUAGGAGAGUGGGACUUGUUUUUCCAAGACCCUUUUUACAUGUGAUACGCAUUCAUUGCAUACAUGCACAUGUAGGCAUUUCUGUCACAGACAUGACAGAUCUGGCUUCACUUGUUAAGCUCAAUUCAAAUGUACUGUGUGUACAUGUGCCAUGUUACUUCAUCCUUGCAAUUCCAAACAUCGGAACGGUUCAGUCACUUUCCAUUCAAAAUCUGCUUGAACUGUAACUUUGCAUAAAUGUCUUCACACCAAGAUUAUUUACCAUCAUCAGUUGUUUGUAUUUUUGCUGAUUUUUGCUUGCCAUUAAAACACCAAGAUUAUUUACCAUCAUCAGUUGUUUGUAUUUUUGCUGAUUUUUGCUUGCCAUUGGAAAACUUGGUGCUUUGUGUCUUUCUUACACUGUAUGAGAUACAUGUAUACUGAGUAAUGAGUAAUGUACAUGAGUAACAGAGUAAUGUUCAUGAGUAACAGAGUAAUGUACAUGUACACGUACCAUAUACAUGUACAUUAUGGUGUAUGCACCUUGUAAAGUACAACGUACAAUGUACAUGUGUUACAUGUAAAUGAUUUAGUCGUGCCGUUGUGAGCUGUGUAUGAAUCGUCACUUUAGUGCAGGUUGAUUGUAUAAAUGAAUGACUUGACUACUGGUAUUUCUCAACGACUAGUCAACGUGCCCCAAAGCCUUGCAGUGUACAUUGUAUGUGACACUUCGUGUUUAUGAAUGCAGGUGCAUUAAAUGAAUUAUCUUGGAGCAAAUUGAAAAUGCAGAAUUGAAAUAUAGGGUGUGCAGUACAUGUUCAGGCAAGUUCAGGCAUGAACAAUACAUGUAGUUUCACCACUUGCACAGUUGAAUGCAUGUGCACACUGCAUUCCCAUUCACUGGCAAUUCCACGGUGUCGGACGUACAUUUCAGACACUUCCAACAGUGUGAAUUAAAUGAGAAUUAUAACCCUCAAGCAGAUAUUCAUUUUGAUAACAGUUGUUGGUACAUUGAUUUAAUAAAACAAUUACCCACUCAGCGUUAUUACUCUUGUACAAACUGACUCGCAACGCCAUGGUGUCAGAUGUACUCAUAGAAAGUUCAUUUUUUGAGCUUCCAGUUUUGUAUCACAAACUCUGUGCUGUGCUAGGACUUGAGGUGAUCUUUUUCCUGUGUUUAGUUUCACUAGACCCCUGUUAAUAAACUUCAAGGCAAGAUAUUGUGACAUGUGACAAAAAGCAUGUAUUACAUUGGUGUCGGACGUACAUUUUGUGGUGUUGGACGUACACCUGAAAUUACUUCACAAAAAAUAGAAGGUAAUCAGUUUAAACCUAAGCUUACCUCAUUUCACAUCUUUCAGAUAACUCCAACGCUUAUCAAAACAACUGGAAAAAAAUUGGAUAAUAAGGUAUUCAAUGAAACAGAAUGACAGAAAAUACUUUUCACAAAGAUAUAUAUGCAAAUUUUGCUAACUCAAACAAGUCAUAAACUGUCAAACAUUAAAACUCUCAAAAAGUUCUUUGUUCUACAGUUGGCAAUCUUCUUGAUGUUUUUGGUUCAAAGCACUGUAAAGUAAAUUGCCCCUAUGACGUGCAAUGCUGGUUGCACCUGUACAUGUCCAGUGUAUGUACAUGUACGCUCAUACAUGUACAUGUACAUACUUAUAUGUACAUGUUGCACGUGGAUUGCCUUUCUCCCAUAGUUAUGACUUUCCAGACCUGUUCACUAAUCAAUUCUAAUUUAUGUGUGCGUGCAUAUAAAUGGCAAGUGGAAGCAACAAGCUACAUGUAGAGUGGCCCAUUGAAAAUAUACAGGGGCAUAAAUUUUAAAGUCAUUUUCUCCUACUUGUAG